AUGGUAAACAUUAAAAAGACUGAGAUGAACGAAGACAAUAUGACUGAUCCAAAAUUACAAAAAGCCUUGAAGGAAUGUCAAAAGACCGUCCUUACCUCUCUCAAAGCCCUUACCACCUCCUCUAGUUUCUCUUCCACUUCGUCCUCCGACAUCCCACCAGCAUUGGGAGACGUAGUCGGUCAACUUUUAGCUCAAUUGAGACAAUCCAUUACUGCUUUAGGUCUAUCGUUCAAUCCUCCUAUCACUGUCGACGCUGCAAUCCAACAGCUAGGAAAGAUAUCUGAAUAUAUCGGUAAACUCAUUUCAUGCGUCUUACUGGCUUGCACACCCUCAACGGAACUUCUAGCUGAAGAGUGGAAAGGAGGAUUGAUAAGUGUGGUGGAAGAAACAAAUAAACAUAUUCAAGUGUUAGAUGGUAAUGGGGAUUAUCUAAGUUCGACAGGUAUAGUUUGGGAAUCCAUUGAUAAUCUGUUGAACGAUUUAUCGAAAGAUGAAUCGUCAGCUUUGAAGAGGAGAUGGAAGGCUCAUCAGAGUACGGUGAAAGAUGCUUGGCAGGAAUUUAAAGAAUUGCUAGAGAGUACUUCCGAUGUUGAUGGAAGACACGAUGAAGAUGAGGAUGGUGAGGAUGGAUGGGAUGAAUUGGACUUGGGUGGUGAAGCUUUAUCCGAAGAAGAGAAAAAGAGAGCAGAAGGUGCAAAACCUUUACUGGCAUUACAUCAGAUUCUUCAUUCCACCAUCCUCAAAUUCCUCGAUCAACUAAAUCAAAAUGAUUAUCGUCGGAUAUUACAGAUAUCAACGAAUUUUGUGAAUGCGUAUGAUAACGCAGUUUCGUCAAUGCAUCCAGAGCAAGAUGAAUCAGAGAUAGAAGAGGCUUUGUUAGAAGUCGAGGAAGUAUCGAGGACAAUGGCAGGUAUGAUCGAUGACAAGAGUAUAGACAAAUGGACAGAAAGGUUAGAUUCCGAAAAGAAGAAAUGGGAAGAGAGACGUUUAGAUCUGAGUAGUCUGAAAGAUGCAAUUUGA